CGAGGUCCCGGUCCCUGGGGCAGCUCGCUCAGGUAAAUAUUUCCAUAACCUUAUGGAGAGAAAGGACUUUGAGACAUGGCUUGAUAACAUUUCUGUUACAUUUCUUUCUCUGACGGACUUGCAGAAAAAUGAAACUCUGGACCACCUGAUUAGUCUGAGUGGGGCAGUCCAGCUCAGGCACCUCUCCAAUAACCUGGAGACUCUCCUCAAGCGGGACUUCCUCAAACUCCUUCCCCUGGAGCUCAGUUUUUAUUUGUUAAAAUGGCUCGAUCCUCAAACUUUACUCACAUGCUGCCUGGUCUGUAAGCAGUGGAAUAAGGUGAUAAGUGCCUGCACAGAGGUGUGGCAGACUGCCUGUAAAAAUUUGGGCUGGCAGAUAGAUGAUUCUGUUCAGGACGCACUGCACUGGAAGAAGGUUUACUUGAAGGCUAUCUUGAGGAUGAAGCAGCUGGAGGACCACGAAGCCUUUGAGACCUCAUCACUCAUUGGACAUAGUGCCAGAGUGUAUGCACUUUACUACAGAGAUGGACUUCUCUGCACAGGGUCAGAUGACUUGUCUGCAAAGCUGUGGGAUGUAAGCACAGGGCAGUGUGUUUACGGCAUCCAGACCCACACCUGUGCAGCUGUGAAGUUUGAUGAACAGAAGCUUGUGACAGGCUCCUUUGACAACACCGUGGCCUGCUGGGAAUGGAGUUCUGGAGCCAGGACACAGCAUUUCCGGGGGCACACAGGGGCGGUGUUCAGUGUGGACUACAGUGAUGAACUGGAUAUUUUGGUGAGUGGCUCUGCGGACUUCGCUGUGAAAGUAUGGGCUUUAUCUGCUGGGACAUGCCUGAACACACUCACUGGGUAUACUGAAUGGGUCACCAAGGUGGUUUUGCAGAAGUGCAAAGUCAAGUCUCUCUUGCACAGCCCUGGAGACUACAUCCUCUUAAGUGCGGAUAAAUAUGAGAUCAAGAUUUGGCCAACUGGGAGA